GAAACACUAGCAUAUAAAUAAGAACAAUAUUAUCAAUAUACAUUCUUUUUAUCUUAAUUAACAAUACACUUUUUAAUAUACACUGUUCAACUUUCACUAUAAAUAACUCUUUACAUCUCCUCCUCCAAGCAUACUAUUUUAAUUGAUCCCGUAAUAUUGGAAUAAGUAUUGUUAUUAUAUUUCCUUCAUCAGAAGUUCUUUCUCCUUGAAUUUAGAAUUAAUUAAUUUUGAUUUGAUCGUGAGAGAAAGGAAAAUGGAUCACGAAGCAGAUGCAAACAGAACAGAUUUGAUGACAAUAACUCGUUUUGUUUUGAACGAACAAUCAAAGUAUCCUGAAUCACGUGGCGAUUUCACAAUCCUUCUCAGUCACAUUCUUCUUGGAUGCAAAUUCGUUUGCUCUGCCGUUAACAAGGCAGGAUUAGCAAACAACCUAGGACUUGCUGGAGACACCAAUGUUCAAGGGGAGGAGCAAAAGAAAUUGGAUGUGAUUUCUAAUGAAGUAUUUGUGAAGGCCUUAAUCAGCAGUGGGCGCACAUGUCUUCUUGUUUCUGAAGAGAUUGAAGAUGCUAUCAUUGUGCCACCAGCACUGCGUGGCAAGUACAUUGUUGUGUUUGAUCCUUUGGAUGGGUCCUCAAACAUUGAUUGCGGUGUUUCUAUAGGAACUAUCUUUGGUAUUUACACGGUGAAGGAUACAGCUAACGUUGCCGUUGAGGCUGCAUUGCAAUCUGGUAGUAGUUUGGUAGCAGCUGGUUACUGUAUGUAUGGAAGCUCUUGCACGUUUGUGCUUAGCACAGGAAACGGAGUGAAUGGCUUUACACUUGAUCCUUCUCUUGGGGAGUUCAUUUUGACUCAUCCAAACAUCAAGAUACCAAAGAAAGGAAAACUUUAUUCUGUGAAUGAGGGAAAUGCCAAAAACUGGGAUGAACCAACCACCAAAUAUGUAGAAAAUUGCAAGUUUCCAAAAGACGGUUCACCACCAAAGUCUCUAAGAUACAUUGGGAGUAUGGUAGCUGAUAUCCAUAGAACAUUGCUAUAUGGUGGUAUCUUCAUGUACCCUGCUGAUAUGAAAAACCCAAAUGGAAAACUAAGGCUUCUGUAUGAAGUGUUUCCAAUGUCAUAUUUGAUGGAGCAAGCAGGAGGUCAAGCUUUCACAGGAAAACAACGAGCACUCGACGUAGUUCCAGAGAAAAUACACGAUCGAUCGCCGGUAUUCCUUGGAAGCUAUGAUGAAAUUGAGCAAAUGAAAGAACUUUAUGCCAACUCCAAAGCAAAUGGUGAAUGAAUAUAGUAUGGGAGCAAUAUGCCAUAUGGAACCAAUUUAACAACAUAUAUUCAUCAUACAGUGCUUGAAAUUUUGUAACUUUUGAAUAAACUUUAUUUGUACUACAAAAAAUACUUUUAGAUGCAAUUAUUAUGCUUUUUGUGAAAAAAAGAAAUUAAAUUACAGCUAAAUCUUGCAGGAGGUAUUA